GCGGCGUGGGGCACGUGGACGGGCUGCAUCUGUCGCCCGACGCGAUGCCCCACCUGGUGGAGUCGCUGGAGCCCUUCCUGGAGGAUGUCGCUGCCGUGUUCAGCGACUCCUCCCUGUGCUCUGUCUGCGAUGUGGGCGGCAACUUCGAUCUCGACCGCCGCGGACAGGUCGCAGCCGCAGCCCUCGGCGCGGUGCCGUUGCAUCCCGCCGCCGGCCGAGCACUGCGGGGGAUAGGGCAGGAGCUGGCGUGGAAGUUGUCAGUGGGCGACUUCCUGCGGGACAAGUCCAAGAUUCUCGUAGUCUGUGCAGGCAGGGCCGGGCCAGUCAGGCAACGAACAUUGGGUGACCUGAGCCAUGUGCGCUCUCGGAGGCAACGACUUAUACGGCUAUACGAGUGGACUUGGCCACGCCAGCUCCACGAAGCCGUGGAGGACAUGCGCGAGGCAGGUGCAAGACUGAUCCCUCAAGCGCACAGGCAUGUGCCGAAAAGGGCCAUGCUCUCCACCUUCUGGACGCCCGAGAACGACAUCCAGAAGGCACGCAAGGCGCAGGACCAGCAGAGUUUGAACGCAACGCAGUGCGUGCGUGCAGGCUGGAGAGGCGGAGAGAGCGUGGUGGGACGACUGGGAGCAGGAGCGCACGCGAGGCGGGAAAGACAAAUUUUGAUGGAGCGAUCCGCGCACCUUUCGUCUGCAGGCCAUGCUUCCGGCGGAACCGCAGCGGCGACGCGCGGUGAUGCCGGUGAUUUUGAAGAAAAAAGCAACAUGCGGCGUCAGGUUGCUGACAAGGGAUAUGAAGAGAAAGAUGGGUAUGAUGACGACUGGCUGUGGUAUCAUUGUGAUUGGGGCCCGCGCUG